AUGUCAGCACCAGCCCCGAACGUCGUCCCCAUCGUUCACGGACCAAUUCUGAUCGGAACGAUUUUGAACGUUCUGCUCUACGGCAUCUCGUUGACACAGACGUUCUUCUACGUCUCGACGUUCAAGCAAGAUCGAUGGAUCCUGAAGGCGUUGGUCUUCGUUAUUUUCGUGGCAGACACGAUGAACUCCGUCUUCGACGUCGUGUACAUAUACGACGCACUCGUGCUUCACUACGAUGACCCCGCCGCCAUCGCGACGGCAAACUGGGUGUUCGCAACAGACCCAGCUAUGGGGUCUCUGAUUGCGAGCAUGGUCCAAGUCUUCUUCGCAUGGCGGGUCAAGGUCCUCACUGGCAAUGUUUGGGUAGCCAUCCUCUUGUAUCUGGGCGCCGUCAUCUCUGGGCUUGGAGGCGUUGCUGUUUCAAUAGCCAUCGGCAUCGUGCCCAACUGGCUCGAGUUCCAGAGGUUCGAGGCUCCCGUCAUCGUCUGGCUCGUGACGAGCGCGCUAGUUGAUACCACUAUCACCGGGUUCUUGACAUACCACUUGCGCAAGCAUCGUACAGGCUUCCAACGGACAGACGAUGUGCUGUCGAAGAUCAUCCGCUUGACCGUUCAGACCGGUCUCAUCACCUCUGUCUGGGCCAUUGUCGAUCUCGCCGUCUUCCUCGCCAUUCCUACAGGACUGCACCUCAUCUUCAACUUCCCACUAGCGAAGCUGUACUCGAACAGUCUUCUCUCCUCAUUGAACGCCCGCUCAAGCCUCAACGGCGGAACGACCUCUACAUCAGAGAACCGAGUCGCCCAGCAAAAGUCUCCUCACGCCGGUCGCAUGGGCCCGGAACAGAUGGUCUCCUUCACCAACUCCGUCCGUCCCGAGGUCUACAUCGACGUAGAGUCGCACGAGCUCUCAGACCGCGUCGACUCGAAGGGCGACGUCACAGUCUACGACACCUCUCCGCAGUCCUACUACAACGGAGGAAAGGGCGAUGCGGUAUGA